ACGAAAUCGAGCAACCAAAUAUCGACUGGGAAAUCAGUUCAGAAAGUUCGGCUGAUACUAUCAGUGAAGAACCUGUCUUAGUGCAGCAGGAGAAGGAAAAAGAUGACGCGAUUGAAGAGUUUGAUAUGGAAUCCGGUGAUGGUCGAUUUAUAUCUCAAAAUGAACUAAUUGUCACGAUAGAUAAGAAGGAUGAAGAAAUGAGUGAGACAUCGAAUAACGAUGAAGUUGAAUCCGAAACAACUCAUGAUUUUCUUGACGUUGCUAGCUUGUUACACCCGUCAUUGGAGCAACAAGAACCGGGGCAACAAUUUUCGACAAAGGUCGAACAGGUCAUUCAAAAAUGCCAUAAAGUUAUUGCCGACAAUCCAGAGAUGCUCGCCACGGCGAAUUCGGUGUUAGAUGAUGUUUUGGAAAAUACUCCGAUAUAUAUCGAAUUUGCAUUGAAUAUGCUAAAGUCAGUAAAGAAUCAAUGUGCUAGCACUAAUUCGUCAAAUGACACUUCAGCUUCUCAACAUGACCAAGAUGGGAAUCCUUCCGACAUGCCCGGUAGUUUUCCUGUAUUCCAAUUUUUGCCUGGAAACCAUCAUCCGAUCACUCCA